AUGAGCCAAUUCUCUUUCGAUAUCCAACCAGUGAACCGCUUUGGCGGUUCAAAUACAGCCAUUCGAAGACCCAAAGAAGUCACUUGCUUCUCAUAUGAUGAUAAGCGGCAGUUUUCGCUGGGAGAUUCUUCCAUGCAGUACUAUUACCCGCCCAGUCUGCCGGCGGAUCUGAAUCUCGGGUUUGAUACUUUUCAAAAGCUCAAUGAUACCCCUGACGAACAUCUUGAUGCAUUAUUAGAUGCCAUCACGGCACUUGAGAGAGACACAGAGAAGAAAUGUGAUGUUGAUAUCAUUACCUGGCGUGGAAUGAUGACCAAAAUCUUGGCAGCUCCAUACGAUAUGAUGAAUGGAUUUGAGAUGAAUGCGACCUGUUUCCAGGGAACAAUAUUCAUUGAAGAAAACAAUGCAUACAAGAACGAGCAGAAGGAGAUCCAACGACAUCAAAGAAUGCCACCCGGAAUGGCAUCACAGGAAAUGAUGAUGUACUGGGGUUACAAAUUCGAGGUUCUUUCGGUCCUCCGACAACCCUGGGACCCAACACCCCGAGAUGAAAUCGAAGCACGACCAGAUCAAGUUGUCAAUAACAGUGCGCAGUAUUGUUCCGUUGUGAAAACUGGCAUGGGAAGUGUGCGGAUGAUUCUUGGAGGUGAAGUUGAUGCCGUAUGGGACUGUAAACCGGAGAAAAAGGAAGACCCCAUUCAUUGGGUGGAGCUCAAGACAUCGGCAGAAAUUCGCAACGACCGCGAUAUGCUCAAAUAUGAGCGGAAAUUGCUAAAGUUCUGGGCACAGUCCUUCUUACUCGGCGUGCCAACCAUUAUUGUUGGGUUUCGAGAUCAACAAGGUAUCGUGCAUCGACUGGAAGAGCUUGAGACUGCUAGUAUCCCGGGUAAAGUGAAGAAGAUAGGGAGAGGGUCGUGGGAUGGAAAUAUUUGCAUUAAUUUUGCAGCGGCGUUUCUUGAAUGUAUGGACAUCCUCCCAUCGUCUUCGUACAGUGCUAAUGUAUCUUCAGGGCUGAAAGGAACAAUCAAGGAGGAGGGUGUGUGGAGGAUUCGCAAACAGGAGAAAUCACCGGUCAUCGAGGUAUUCAAGGUCGAGGAUUCAGGAUAUGGCGAUAUUCUUUCCCCUGGUUUCAAGGCCUGGAGGACACAGGAGACUACCUCUGUUGAUACCUCUCAGCCACUUUAG